AUCUCGCGCGCGGAGCGGGAUAUAUCAAGGAGCGCGGGAAGCGCGCGCUCAGCGGACCAACGCGGGAAGCUGCACUCGCGUGCACGAGGAUCUCACUGACAUCUUUCAUCUCUGACUGAAAAUACCAAAGGAAUUCGACCGCUGUCCCCGAAAUCUCGUUUUCAUGACUUUAAUCUUAUUUUUUUAAUAAAGUUUAAGUGUUUUAAAUGUUUUAUGUUAAAACAAAUGUUUUAGUUUAUGUCCUGCAGAAAUAACGAUCGUUUGUUAUCUGAGGAGAACUGCCGGUGUCCUGACGCACGAACGGACGCGCGCGAGCUUAUCAGGAGGCGUCAAGUCCGAGCGCCGUUUAUUCUUAGUUGGAUUUCGCACUUGAGCGCACAGUUUUGCGGUAAUAUUAUGGUGAUCCGUGGAAGCAUGUGAAGCAGUCAUAUUCCAGGAAUGGAUCUCCAAAGGUGCCCCAAAACUACAGUUUAAGAUGCUGUGAUACUCUGUGUGGGAUGAAGACAGACACGAUUUGGAUGGAUCUCUCUCAUCUAAACGGCAGAACAACACUGCAGUUUCUCAUUAAACUGCAGACUGUAUCUUCAUAAGCCUUUUCCCGGUGAAUAAACACUACAAAUCACUACCAAAAUGGACACAAAAUGGACAUUUAUGCCCAGUUCCAACAUGUCCCUCCCUGACCGCCUGCUCAAUGAUAGUUUUUUCCCCGGGAACGAGUCUGACUUUGGUCUGGAGAUUUACUCUCACAAUAGCACCCACCCUGGCUUCGACCAAACCAGCUCAGCAGUCAUCACAUUUGUGUAUUUCGUCGUCUGUGCGGUGGGGCUUUGUGGGAACGCCCUGGUCAUUUACGUCAUCCUGCGCUACGCCAAGAUGAAGACCGUCACGAACAUCUAUAUUCUGAAUCUGGCCGUGGCGGAUGUCCUGUGCAUGUUGAGCUUGCCUUUCAUUGCCAUUCAGCUCUCGCUGCUCCACUGGCCCUUUGGAUCCGCGAUAUGCCGCAUCGUCCUAACCGUGGACUCCAUGAACCAGUUCACCAGCAUCUUCUUUCUGACGGUCAUGAGCUUCGAUCGAUUCUUGGCCGUGGUGCAUCCGAUCAAAUCCACCAAAUGGCGAAAGCCGCGCAUGGCCAAAACCAUCAGUCUGACCAUGUGGGGUGUUUCUUUGCUGGUUAACCUGCCGAUUAUGAUCUACAGCGGUGUGAACACCAAAAGGAACGAGGCCCGGACUUGUACCAUGUUGUGGCCGGAGCCACAGAACACCUACUACACCGCUUUCAUCUUCUACACCUUCUUCUUGGGGUUUUUCUUACCACUGAUAGUCAUCUCCAUGUGCUAUCUGCUGAUCGUAAUAAAGGUGAAAUCCUCCGGCAUGCGAGUCGGCUCCACCAAACGUAAGCGUUCUGAGCGGAAAGUCACCCGUAUGGUGUCUAUCGUAGUAGUGGUGUUCGUCUUAUGCUGGUUACCUUUCUACGUAUUCAACGUGACCUCUGUGACCGGAACCGUUCCCACCACACCUGUGCUGAAGAGCACCUUUGACUUCGUUGUGGUGCUGGGUUACGCCAACAGCUGCGCCAACCCCAUCCUCUACGCCUUCUUGUCGGACAACUUCAAGAAGAGCUUCCAAAACGUCCUGUGUCUUAAAAGAGUCGGCGGCUUGGAUGAGAUCGAGCGCAGCGACAGUCGACAGGACAGGACUCGAAUGGUUAACGACGUCAUGACGGAAACGCAUAACGCCACGCUGCUCAACGGAGACCUUCAGACCAGCAUCUGAGAAGAAGAUAAAAGUCUGAGAUUAGAUGUUACAUGAAAUUGGUCCAUUGAAAUUCUCAGAUUACCUGCGCUGGGAGAGAUGUAGUAUUUAAGAACAACAAUAAAUACCUAAACGCAACCCAAACCACAUUUUUAGGACAUCUGCGUGUGUCCUUUUGGGUGAGCUCGAGCUGACUGAUGUAUUUAAGCGAUGAGCAAACGAAUGUCAUUUACUGUAAAUAACUCUAGUUGCUUUGUUUGGCAUUACUGUCUGAAGAAAUUCUAAAGCUGUUGUGUUUAUUAUGAGUGUAUAUUCACUUCAGUGCCAAAAUUGUCUUUAAAGUUCAAAGAUAAGUCGUGGCCCUCAUUAGAUAAACAUGAUUUCGUUCUGUUCGUGGAAACACAAGGCCCAGCUUGUUAGAGGCUUCUUAUUAUUCAAGGCUUUUUGUGAUGAUGAAUACAAGAUGAGUGAGUGAUCCUCGACAAGGCCACAUCGCUGAAUAGAAAAGGUCUCCGAAGUGUAAACAAAGAUGCACGUUUCUGUGGCAUAUUUAUUUGUUGUUAUACUUAGAAUAUCUUGUUUACAUUUAAAAAUCUUCCCUCGUAAUAUUUCGCCUCUGGUUCCCAGUAGAGUUUUAUUUUGGUAGAGGAAAUGUACAUAAUGUUCAGUGGAGAGGGGGAGGAAAAGAUGGGCUCUGUUACAAAACUUAGUAAGCUUCCUACCUAAAUAACAUUUUCAUGCUGCUCCAAAAAUGUAGGCAGCACCAUUUAAGAUACCUCCUUCUUGGCCAGAUUCUAAGGCAGUAUUUUUACAGUAUCCUUCAUGAAAAAGGCAAUCCUAAAAUGCACAGUGAAAAAAAUGUAAAUUAAAAUGGACUACUUUAUCUAUAUUUUGUGUGUUAUGUGUUUUUAUGCUUAUUAGAGGAUUUUUGUUACCAGUACUAAUGGCGAAUUCUCAAUGCUAUCUCACAACCAAUUCGACCUCACUUGUACGAUUUUGUACGAUUUGUCUAGACCCCCAACGCUAUCUCACGACCAAUUUGUACGUAUUUUACGAGGUGUCUAAUUCGUACGAUUUGUCUACACCCCAGUGACGGGUAGGUUUAUGGGUAGGUUAGGUGUAGGCCAUUCGUAUACAAAUUGUGCAACUCGUAAAUUACAUACGAUUUAGCAAAAAGGUCGUAUGAAUGACGAGUGAGGUUGUACGAAUUCGUACGAAUUAGCCACCUCGUAAAAUAUGUAUGAAUUGCCGUGAGAUUGGGCUGAGACCUCAGGUUUAGGAGCAGGGUUAGGGGUAGGUCAUUCGUACGAAUUCAUAUGAAUUGGGGAACUCGUAAAAUAUGUACGAUUUACCAUAAUUCGUAUGGAUUAGCCACCUCAUAAAAUAUGUACGAAUUGUUGUGAGAUCAGGUUGGAAUUCUAUAGGAAUCAGGAGCUAUAGGCACACUAGGUUUUGAAACAGAGCUGUAGUAUAAUCUUUAGUUUAGUUUAGAGCUUAAUCCUUAUCUGACCUGGAGAAAGAUUCUUUGUAUUAUGUUCUAAUUGUGCAAAUGAAGUGUGAAGUAACCAUAUGGCCAUUGGCUGUACUAAAUUAACAUUCAUCAGCUGGUAAAUGAGAUGCAAUGAAAUCCUCAUUCCUGCUGUUACACAAACAACCUUGCUCACUCACCUCAGUCAUAGCAAUGAGGGUCAAGGGGCAGACAAAGAUGACCAUGAGGGCAUGCAGUUCACUCGUUAUUCUGAGAAAAGUAUUCAAACAAGUGCAUAAUUGUGCAGUUCUUGUCAAAAAUAUACCUCAUUAUAAAACAUAAGAUCCAUCAUUGCGAUGCAUGCAUCCCUUCACAAUAGUGCGGAAGCAUCACUGCACAUGAACUGUUCUGUAGUGACGACGAAUAGCACCACAGCAGCCGCUUUACAUUUGUGUUGCUUGGACUUUAAAAACAAUUAUUUAUUCCAGCAAGGCUGAUAAAACGACGCUGCAAGUGCCUUAAACAAUCACUCAAAAAGACGCACAGAAUGAGAGACGCAGAAACCGUGUGCAUUCAUUCACAGAGCUUUAACAAUAAACCCUCCACCUGAAUGUACAAUCAAUUCAUCUACUAUUAUAUGCUUGUAAAUAACAUGCAAAUUGAAAACCGCUAUCGCUCACAGAGCUGUAUAAUGUGUAUAUAUUGAGCUGGCAUUAACAGAACGCGUUCAGCUCUUGCCCGUUUGAGGGGUUUAGAUCAUUUUAACAUUUGCGAAGGGCUAAAACUGAACUUGUUUACUUUAGUCUGUCUGAUUUCCAAGGGCCAGAUUCAGAUCUGUUAUGCUGCAAGUGUUGUAAAGUGAAUGAGUUCACGUUUAGAAGUGUAAACUGUUUUUUUCUAGCAUGGAAACAAACAUAUUUUGAAACCUGGGGAAGUAUUGAUGACAGCAAAGAGGUUAUCGCAGUAUUUGUCAAGUACUUUGAGUUCAGUUCAAUGUGCCUUUGACUGUCAGGCAGAAUAGGGUGUGUGUUAGUGUGUCAUGUAUCUUACGUUAGGUUGCCUAGAGUCCCUUGUCUGAUGGUGUGGGUACAAUAUAGCAUUACCUUUAUAUUAAUAACAAAUUUCAAAGAUGUCCAUCAUUCAUACCAAAUGUCUAUAUUAUAAAAAAAAAAAAAAUAGUUCACCCAAAAAUGGAUAUUUCCAAUAUGUUGAUGAGUUUGUUUCUUCAUCAGAUUUGGAGAAAUGUAGCAUUGCAUCACUUGUUCAACAAUGGAUGCUCUGCAGUGAAUGGGUGCCGUCAGAAUGAGAGUCCAAACAGCUGAUAAAAGCAUCAAGGCAAGCUGAAACAAAUCCAUCAUUAAGACGUUUUGAACUAAAAUACGAGUUCAUAAUCCAUAAUAACACUUCCUCCAGGGAAAAAGUCCAUCUCAUGUUGUCUCUUACAUCAAAAUCCACCCACAUAUUUGUUUAGAGCUGUUUAAGACUGUUGAUCUGUGCAGAUUUCUCUCCUGAUUCAGACCAGACCACUUUUUAGCCACAGGCAAUGGUUUGAAGUUAGAACAUUUUAAUGAUGGAUUUGUUACUUACAAACCGCUUUUGUCUUCUCAAGUCUGAUGGACUGGAGUGGUGUGGAUUACUUAUGAUGUUUUUAUCAGCUGUUUGGACUCUCAUUCUGACGGCACCCAUUCACUGCAGAGCAUCCAUUGGUGAGCAAGUGAUGCAAUGCUGCAUUUCUCCAAAUCUGAUGAAGAAACAAACUCAUCUACAUCUCGGAUGGCCUGAGGGUGAGCACAUUUUCAUUUUGUGUGCAUGAACCAUUCCGACCGAUAUAUCUGGAAGAAUGACUCAUUUGUCACCUUCUUCAAUAGUUGCUUGAAUGAAGGCUGUGUAUUGUGUGCUUCUUUUCUCUUACAGCGUGUGUGAGUGUCAUCAUAAGGAUGUAGCAUAGCUCAAUGUCAGGCUGUGCUGAGAUGUGCCUGUCAUCUCCCUCGUUGCUAAGCUGCCACAGCCCAGUUAUUUAUUGUAAAGAUCCAAUUUAUUACAACCCACCCAAGCAGAAUAAUCCUCAGGUCUAAUUAAAUGAUUCCUCAAACACUCUUAUUGGCAGGUCAUUUGUGGAGAAAGCACGAUUGCGUUUUAAUUAAAUUGUACAAAGAUGCAAACCCAUUUUUAUUGCUUCUUUCUUUAAGUAGAGAAGGUCUCAUUUGUUAACACGAGUUAAUGCAUUAUCUAGUGAUUUAUUUAUUAAUAUGGGUUAAUGCAUUAAUAGAAACAGUUAUUUGUGUUUGUGUUCACAGUGCAUUAACUAAUGCUAACACAACUUUUGUGAAAUUAACACAAAGAUUAAGCGGUAUGCAUUUAGUAUAAGAGUCUCUUUAAAACUUCAACCAAAAUACAAAAUAUUACAAAUGACCAAAUUGUAAUAUUAUUUCAUUUGUGAGGUGCAACUAAGUGAUAAUUAAUAUUAUGAAGUUGAUAUAUGUAUGCAUUUGUGAUUAAAAGUGGCUGGUAAUGACUUUCACUGGGAAAUGAUCAUUUAAAAUAAUCCGCCGUGUACAGACAAACUACUGAGAAAUCUGAGUCAAAUUUACCUUUCAGCACAACUGACUAACUGUAGUGACACAAAAGAAAAUCUUGACAUAUAAAGAUGCAUGACAAAGCAAGCUCCCCUCUGCUUUUUUUGUAUUUUUUAUUUUUUUUGCAAUCAAAUUGUUGCAAAAUGUCUCCCUCUGUUGUCCAGUUUGGGUUUUCUUUUAUAUUUAAAAAGUGAAGGACUGUGGACUUGUGUUCAGGCUUUGCAUCUUUUGGCUUGUAUAUGGAUUACGCAUCAUGUUCAUGACCUGUAAUUAUUGACAAUUGUUGAGAAACGUGAUCAAGUAUCUGCCAACCUUUUUCAGUGUUGUUAUUGACAAAAAUAAAAUGCAUUACGUUCAUUUACCAAACAAAUAAAGGCUAAUGUGUGAA